AUGUGGGGGUUCUUAUCGGGGAUUCGAUUUAGCAACGAGAAUAUACAAGUCGGGAGCAGUUUGGCAACGCUUGACAAGGAUGUUACAGUUACCAAGUUGCAGCUUGACGGCGUGAAAGCUUUGGGUGAUACCAUGAAGCAGGUGGAGAACUCCAUUAAAUUCGAGAAAGUGGAGAAGCAGUUGGCAGAUCUUAACGAGUUAGCUCCCCAAAAAAUACUGAGAGCAUCAUUCUUAUCAGUAGUCGUGUACUGCUCGUGCCUGUUGUUGCUUUUUUUUUCUUUUUUCGCUAAACUUGGGUAUGACGAGUAUAAGGAGAAAAUUAAUCGCUUGUUGUUGUUAAACCAUUGA